UGUACUUCCGAUUAGCUUUAGCUUGUUAGCGGCUGCUGCACGAACGCAAAUAUAACGGCGGCAAAGGGUGACACCCCAGCUGGCUGCUGAAACCCUCCCCGGGACAUCAUCACAUGUGGCCCCUCUGGUAUCCAGGUUUCAUCUGAUGUGAGGCCCUUCUGGCCUUUGGCACCGAAACCAUGUCCAACCAGGCAGGAGUGAAACAUUCUCUCCGCUUUGGCCAGGUGGUUAUCGGACCCCCAGGCUCGGGGAAAACCACCUACUGCCAAGGAAUGCAAGAGUUCCUGACUCGCCUGGGACGCAAGGUGGUUGUGGUGAAUAUGGACCCUGCCAAUGAGGGAAUCCCGUAUUCCUGUGCGGUGGAUAUCUCAGAGCUGGUCACUCUGGACGAUGUCAUGGACGGCUUGAAGCUCGGGCCCAAUGGUGGGCUUCUCUAUUGCAUGGAGUACGUGGAGGCAAAUCUGGACUGGUUGGAGAACAAACUGAAACAGUACAGUGACUAUUACUUCCUGUUUGACUGUCCUGGACAGGUGGAGCUCUACACACACCAGAGCUCAGUGAAGAAUAUAUUCUCACAGCUGGCAAAGUGGAAUUUUAGGCUGACAGCAGUGCACCUUGUGGACUCUCAUUACUGCGCUGAUCCAGCCAAGUUCAUCUCUGUGUUGUGCACCUCUCUGUCCACCAUGCUGCAUGUGGAGCUUCCCCACGUCAACGUCCUCUCCAAGAUGGACUUGAUUGAGCAGUACGGCAAACUGGCCUUCAACCUCGACUUCUACACAGAGGUCAUGGACCUGACCUAUCUCCUUGAUCACCUGGCUGCCGACCCCUUCUUCAAAAAAUUCCGCCAUCUAAAUGAAAAGCUGGCUGAAGUCAUACAAGAUUACAGCCUGGUUACCUUUGUGCCUCUCAAUGUCCAGGACAAAGAGAGCAUGAUUCGGGUCUUACAAGCAGUGGACAAGGCCAAUGGCUACUGCUUUGGAGACCUGGAGGAAAGGAAUCUGCAGGCCAUGAUGUCAGCUGCUGUGGGGGCAGACUUCCAGUUCAACUCUACUCUUAAGGUGCAAGAGAGGUACGUUGAAGCCAGUGGAAAGACAGUGGAGGACGAAAUGAUGGAGCUGUAGAUUGAAAAGCCAAAAUAAAAGGGCUGAAGUGGUCGCUUCUUAAGCGCCGGUGUACCAGGGGAGUCUUGGCAACAUCCAUCUUACUUGGCCUGAUUUCUCAGUCUCUCUACAAAAGCAGCGGAAAGACAGGAACUAAAUGUGGGAGACGCUUUUAGGUUGCGCCACACCUCCAAAAAAUCACAGAGGAAGACUGAACGGAGCGAAUGCAGAACUUUUCUUCAGUUAUCAAUGAUGUGUCGUCUUAAUGAUAUUUUUUGAUGUUUCUUAAUAGAUGUCAACAAAGAAAAUUCCCAAUAAAUUUUCUUAAAUGUAUGAAAAGCAAA